ACCCAUCCAGAAUUAAUAGAUUUACAUGAAAAUUUACAAGAAUUCCAAAAUGAUUUUAUGGAAACUUCAUCUGAAGAUAUUGAAACAGAAAAUAUUAUUGAGACCAAUUCAGAAAUUAGUGAAUUGGAAGCUGAGAAAGAAAAAUUAAAUAGAAAAAAUGAAGAAGCAAAAAAUUACGUUAUAAACAUACUUAAAAAAAAUGUUAAUAUGUUUCUUUUGGGAAUUAUUUCAACAUCAACCAGAAAUUCAAUAACCUCAACUAGUGAUUAUAUGACAAUGGCUUUUGUGUUUGAUGGUAUAGCAAUAUGCAAUAAUGCUUUUUUAAAAUUAUAUAAUUUAUCAUAUGAUAGAUUAACUGCUUUAAAGAAUCACUAUAAAAAUGAUGAUAUUGUACCAAAGGUACAUUUGAAUAAAGGAAGGAAUGUUUCUCAUAAGCUCUCUUUUGAAACAGUAUUAAAAGUGCUUACUUUUUUAAAAAGUUAUGCAAAUUUGAAUGGUUUACCAUCACCAGGUUGCCAUUUUGAAAGAGCUACAAAAGCAAUUAUUUAUUUACCUACAAGG